ACUACUACAGAAAGUGGAUUUGAAAAAAGAACUCGUGGUUGGCCUCGUCCCCUCUCUUCUUUGCGCUCGUUCUCUUGUACUACCAGUAGUUGUUGUCGCGGUGUGCGAAACUAACUUGUGGGUGGUUUGCUCUGCAGUUGUGGGGCAGGUUUUCUGUUCGUCUCCUACGCCGGUCACAGGCUUUCCAUAGCUGCUGCCAGGAUGGGCAACAUUGUCGGAGGUCCGCUCAACGAGGCGAAACAACAGGAAAUCAAAGAACUGAUCGAGGCAGUGCUGCUGAAGUUCACGGAGCAGUACACGAAGGUUUACGCCGUAGCCCUGCUGGACAAGGUGAUAGAGGAGAUCUCGGAACAACCGGAGGAAUGGCAACUGCUCGAGCGGCCAGAGGCAAGUCGGCCGACUGAGCCCCUGAAGCAAGGCUACCUGACCAAGCAAGGUGCCGUACGCAAGAACUGGCUGAAGCGCUACUUUGUGGUGCGAGCGGACUACAAGAUUGAGUACUACGAAUCGGAGGAUGCGUUCAAGAACAGCAAGUCGCCGAAAGGCACCAUUGUACCGUGCUCGUUCACCGUCCAGCAUGAUCCCGUCAAGAACCGUCUUGAAGACCUAGCAGAGACCGCACAGAAGAUGGGUGCUCUUGUUGCUGACCUGCCCAAGCCCGACCCGGUACCGGACUUCUGUUUUGAGCUGUACCAUCCACGCCGCCGAUGCUUCUUCAUUCAGGCUGAGAACAACGAGGAGAAGCAAGAAUGGCUCAAGGUGUUUGAGCGCUGCCGCUACAAGUCCAGAGCUCUCUCGGACGACCCCGUCGCGAACACUGCGUUCAUCGAGGCUGUCAAUGCCACACGACGUGCAUUACGUCGCUAUGGUUGGUGGUAUCUCAAUGGAAGUGAAUCUCAGAUCCUGACCGACGUCAUUGUGUGGGAGGUUGAUCAUAUCAUGAUGGCGGACAUCUAUCGGGAGAUCAAGGGACCUAUGCAGUUACGAUGGAUGGCUAGAAAUCAGGUUAUGAAGGCACUUGACACGUCCGUCUCCGGAGCAGUGGCCACAAGCUUGCAAGCGCUCACCAAAACAAUCUCUAUGGUGAGGGAGAAGGUGGAGCCGGUCAUGCGCUCCAAGAUGACCUUCAUCGUCGAGUCCAAGGAGAAGAUCCAGGAGAAGAUUAAAGAUGCGUGCCUGUGUAAGAUUGAGCCGGUGCUGGCGGAGAAAGUGGCGCCGCGUUUGACCGGAGUGCUCAACAUUCUAUUCUCGCCGAUGGCCGACGCGUUCAGCGAGACGCGUGCCGUGUUUGAUGACUCUCUGGACGAGAUGAUCAAGAAAGUGGAAACUGACAGCGGUUUCGGGCCUCAUCUCAAUGUGCACUUCAAGAACCUGGACCGCGCACCACGCAGCUGGUGGACGAUGCGCAAGGCGAACAAGAAGACGCGUGCCAUGGAAGUGCCGCUCUGGGGUCUCAGGCAGUUCUUCGACGACGUCUCUCCCAACAAGCUGAUCAACAAGGCCCAGGACACGCUGGCACUGGUGCUGGACAACGCUAUGUACACGUUUGAGAACAACUUGGCGGAGAUGACUGGUGGUAAUGCGUCGACCAUGGACGUGCAAGAAGCGAAGUCUGCUAUUCUCAAGUGCAAGGAAUCCGUCAUGGAGAAAUUCAGUGAGGAUGCGCACAAAGCCACAACGUCAUACUUCAAGGACAUCAUGGUUAUGCUAUGCAUGCCAGUUAUGCUCAAAGCUCUUGCACCUGUGUGUGAGCCGAUCAUUGAACCCAUUGCCAGUACGGUACCGGAUGAGCUAUCCGACAUUCUCGAUGUGGAAAAGCUGUACGAGGAAACUGUGGAGAAGAUCGUGCAAGGAGCUGUGGAUGCAGUUGUCGACCCAGCUUGUCAGCAUCAACAUAACAACACAGAGGCAUGAUAUACGUAGCUGCUCGGCCCCC